CGAUUGCUUCACCUUUGGAUAACACUUGCCUACAAAUGGGCACUCUGCUGAUUUGCAUACAGAUAAAGAACGGACCAAUGGCGUUAAACUUGUCUACCUGAGCAAAUAAUAGACAACUUCAAGCUCCAGGCGACUUUCCUCAGAGCGGAAAGUCCUACAUAGAGAAUAUUUGCGAGCUAUGGUUUAAGUGUAGCCUACACUAGAUAUUUCAUAAUGGCUUGUGGUGGGUUCGUUUGUUCCAAAACUUCUCUUUGUAUCUUGAACCUCAUUUAUGUGAUGGUCAGUCUUCUAAUGGUCGGUGUUGCAGCAUGGGGCAAAUGGUUCGGACUGGUUUCUAGUUUCAGAGUGAUGGCUGCUGUCAUUGCUGUAGGAUUGUUUCUCUUCGUCGUGGCCAUUAUGGGAUUGUGUGGAGCUGUGAAGCAUCAUCAAGUCUUCUUGUUCUUCUACAUGCUCAUUCUCUUCAUGGUAUUCGUUGUGCAGUUUUCAGUAUCAUGUGCCUGCUUGGCGAUUAAUAAAGAACAGCAGAACCUGCUCCUGGAGAUAGGAUGGAAUAAAUCUGAAUCAAUGCAGGAGGAUUUGGAAAGAUCGCUGGAUUGCUGUGACUUCCGCGAAGUGGACUACAAUAAGAGUUGUGUCGCUACCUGUUUCAAGGAUCAAACAUGCGACCCAUGUUCAGAAAUAAUCCAGGCUUAUGCUGACGAUGCAUUACAGUUUGUUGGAGGAGUCAGUCUGUUUUUCAGUUUUACAGAGAUUCUGGGUGUCUGGUUAGCACAUAGAUACAGGAAUCAGAAAGAUCACCGGCAAAACCCUGGAGCUUUCAUUUAAAGCAAACACAUAUACAAAACUUUCAGCUAUAUUGAAUUUUUGUUCUCGAAUGGACUUUUUUAUUUAUGAUCUGUAGUUCUUUUUGAUAACACUCCAGUGUCUUGAUUUUUUUUUUUUGGAUAGAAUGAACAUUCUAAAAUAUUUAUUUGUGGAACAGCCAUUAUGAGUUGCAUCUUGGUGGAGUUCACAAAUAUGUAUUGUCACUGAUUAUGCAAGAAGGUUGACUGGGCUUGAACUUGGAUCCCAAUUGAACAACUCUUACAAUGAUAACAAAUUGCUUAAUAAUCUUGCAAUACAAUAAAAAAUAAAAGAAA